AUGCCCGUGGCGCCGCGCGCCCUCUCCGCCACAGCGGCCGUGCGCGCGUCGCUGGACACGCGGGUGCUGGAGAGCAAGUCGCUGGGGGAGCUGCGCGCGCUGGCGCGCCAGCGGGGGCUGCGCGGCGACACCAAGGCGGAGCUCGUGAAAAUGCUCAGCAGGCAAGCCUCACUGCUUCUCUCUCUAUCUGGAACGAACGGCGCAUUCGGCGCCACGCCCGCCGCGCCAGUAACCGCAGCGGCCCCAUCCGCAGCGCAGGGGGCGACUCAGUCGGCGCAGGCGCGGCAGCUGGAGGCGAUGCCGCUGGCGCAGCUGCGCGCCAUGGCGCGGAGCCGAGGCAUCUUCGGCAACACCAAGGCGGAGCUCGUCGCGGCGCUCCUUGCCGCGUCAGGUGCGCCUGCCGCCGCGCCCGCUGCACCGGCCGCCGCGCCCCCGCCGGCCCCUGCUGCGCAGUACUCCGCCGCGCCGUCCGCCGCUGCCCCCGCGGGCGGCAGCAACGCGUUGGCGCGGCAGCUGGAGUCGAUGCCGAUGGGGCAGCUGCGCGCAAUGGCGCGGCAAAAGGGGCUGCGCGGCAACACCAAGGACGAACUCAUCUCCGCGCUGCUUGGCACGUCAUCCCGACCCUCCUCCUACAAAGUCCCAAUCGCAGCACCGUCCGCUUCCUCCCCACCUCCUGCCCCCGCCGCCCCGUCCGCGCCCGCACCCGCACCCGCACCCGCCUCCCCGUCCGCUCCCGCGGCUGCCGCCGUGAACCCGCAGGCGCUGUCACGGCAGCUGCAGGCGCGGCCGCUGUCCGCGCUGCGCGCCAUGGCUUCCGCCAAGGGCAUCUCGCCCGCCGUUUCCAGCAAGGACCAGCUCGUGCGCGCGCUCAUCGCGGCGGCGACAGCAACAGCGGCGGGGGUGACGGAGGUGCGGGCGGCGGCGUCAGUGCGGUCGGCGGAGCUGCAGGCGCGGCCACUAUCGGAGCUGAGGGCCAUGGCGAAGCAGAGGGGGCUCAGGGGCGACACCAAGGCCGAGCUCGUCAAGCUGCUCACUGCCAGCGACCCCACCCCCAACUUCGCGUCUACACCCACCACCCCUCCUCGCUCCGCCACCGCCACCGCCACCGCCACCGCAGCAGCAGCAGUGGCAACGGCCACAGCCACAGCCACGCCCUUCUCAUCUGGCAUCAGCAUCCCCUUCCAGUCCGACGCCCCUGCCGGCGGCACCACUGCCAUCCAGCCCGCUCAGUCCGCCACAGCAGCAGACUCGGAGGCGCCGUCGAUUCAGGAGGCGAUUGAGCUGUUCUUUUCUCCGGACCGGGGGCAGGAGCAGCAGGCGGACGGGCUGUCGGAGCAGGCUGCCUUCCUGCGUAAUGUGAUGGUUGCAGGCAUAGGCGUGGCCGUGCUGCCUCUCAUCCUGCCCAUGCAGAUGCCUACUCCUGUUGCUGUCGCCCCCUCCUCCCCGCCACCGGCCAUCACCGCCCCUGUUGAG